AUGAGGGGCUUAGCAGUCUUUAUUUCGGACAUCCGAAACUGCAAAAGCAAGGAAAGUGAAAUCCGACGCAUUAACAAAGAGUUGGCUAAUAUAAGAUCGAAAUUCAGAGGUGAUAAAACCCUGGACGGUUAUCAGAAGAAGAAAUAUGUUUGCAAAUUACUUUUCAUAUUUCUUCUCGGUCAUGAUAUUGAUUUUGGUCACACCGAAGCUGUUAAUUUGUUAUGUUCCAAUAGGUACACUGAAAAACAAAUAGGAUAUUUAUUUAUAUCUGUGCUUAUUAAUGAGUCCCACCCUCUUAUGAACCUCGUUAUAUCACGACUGAAGGAUGACUUAAAUAGUCGCAAUCCUGUAUUCAUGAACCUUGCAUUACAGUGCAUCGCAAAUAUUGGGAGUCGAGAGAUGGCCGAAAACUUUGCUGAUAAAAUCCCCAAAUUACUUGUGUCUGGCGAUACGAUUGAUUCCAUUAAACAGAAUGCUGCGCUGUGUUUACUGAAGUUGAUUAGAGUUGCACCGGAACUUGUCACGUAUGAUGACUGGACUGUUAGAGCUAUGCAUCUUCUUAAUGAUCAACACUUGGGGGUUGUUACAUCAGCUGUUAGUCUAAUCGAUGCUUUGGUAAAAAGGAGCCCCGAAGAACACAAAGGAUGUGUAUCACUCGCUGUUUCACGGCUUAGCAGGUUGAUCACGUCUUCAUAUACCGAUCUACAGGACUAUACGUAUUAUUUUGUUACGGCUCCUUGGCUAUCGGUAAAAUUACUACGCUUGCUACAGAACUAUCCUCCUCCAGAAGACAAUACUGUCCGUGCUAGGCUAGCAGAGUGCCUAGAUACAAUUUUGAAGAAAGUUCAAGAAGCUCCAAAGUCAAAGAAAGUACAACAUCCUAAUGCUAAAAAUGCUGUUCUGUUUGAAGCAAUUAAUCUGAUUAUCCACAUGGAUAGUGAUCCAAAAUUACUUGUUCGCGCUUGUAAUCAAUUAGGACAGUUCUUGCAACAUAAGGAGACAAAUCUACGUUACCUGGCUCUGGAGUCUUUGUGCUUGUUAGCUACGAGUGAAUUCAGUCACGAAGCGGUUAAAAAACACCAAGAAACAAUAGUUAACGCUCUGAAAAGUGAACGAGAUGUUUCAGUUCGUCAAAGAGCUGUUGAUCUUUUGUACGCUAUGUGUGAUAGAACGAACGCACAGGCUAUUGUAGGUGAGAUGCUCAGUUACUUGGAAGUGGCAGACUAUGCAAUCCGCGAGGAAAUGGUACUUAAAGUUGCUAUAUUAGCUGAGAAAUAUGCUACUGAUUAUUCGUGGUAUGUGGAUACUAUAUUGAAUUUAAUAAGAGUUGCUGGCGACUAUGUGAGUGAUGAGGUUUGGCAUCGCGUUAUCCAGAUUGUUAUAAAUCGUGAAGAUGUUCAAGGAUAUGCAGCGAAAACAGUAUUUGAGGCUCUACAAGCUCCUGCUUGUCAUGAAAAUAUGGUGAAAGUGGGAGGUUAUAUUUUGGGUGAAUUUGGUAAUCUUAUUGCUGGUGACCCAAGAUCAGCACCCAAAGUGCAAUUCAAUUUAUUGCACAGUAAAUUUCAUCUUUGUACUCCAACUACACGUCAACUAUUGUUAUCCACUUAUAUGAAAUUUAUCAAUUUGUUCCCUGAAAUCAAAUCUGAUAUACAGUCUGUACUACAAAAUGAUAGUAAUUUGCGUAGUUCCAAUGUAGAAAUACAACAACGGGCUACGGAAUACUUGGCAUUAUCACGGAUAGCUACUGAUGAUGUAUUGGCUACCGUAUUGGAGGAAAUGCCACCAUUUCCUGAACGGCAGUCGAGUAUUCUGGCUAAACUUAAAGCUAGAAAUCCUACAGGUGAUGGAAAUGUAUCUAAAUCUGAGGCUCACGGAGAAGGUCACACCCAGAAUGCAGCUAAAAUCAACAAUGACAGUAACCAUAUAAAUGCUACUGAUACUGGUGGAGAAGCGGAUUUAUUGAAUUUCGGCAACCUUGGUACUGCUAACAGCGAAGUUCGUGCAAAAUCUAACGCAUCUAACCUAUUAGUUGAUAUAAUGGGUAAUGGUGUGGCGACCACAGAUAUUAACAACUUACUGCAUGCUGGUGACGAUCAGUAUAUGAAUCAUAAAGAAUUCGUAAACUUUCUUAGUCGACAUAAUGCCAUUUUAUACGAGAAUUCUCUUAUUCGUAUCGGUAUUCGUAUGGAAUCUCGUGGACAGUAUUGUCGUUUGGGUGUAUAUUACGGGAAUAAGUCUCCACAUCAUUUCACUGUAUUCUGUACUCAAGUAACCUGUCCAGAUGCUAUGGAUGUGAACGAAGUGGUUAAGGCUAUAUCAAUUGAACUUCAACCUGGACCUGAUCGAUUGGAAGCAGGAACACAAGUUCAACAAGCAUUGAAUGUUGAGUGUUUACGUCCUUUCACAGAAGUAGUAAAACUAGAUGUUUCAUUCUUAUGUGAUGACUCAAAACAGCACUAUACACUUAUGCUUCCAAUCACAUUAAACAAAUUCCUUCAACCUGCAGAAAUGGAUCAAGGAACAUUCUUUUCCCGAUGGAAAUUAUUAUCUCAACCAGGACAAGAAUGUCAAAAGAUUAAUCCAUCUCGUUUUCCAAUGGAAACUGCAUCAAUGAGAAAUAUUACUAGAAACUUUGGAUUCAGUCUGCUAGAUGGAAUUGAUCCCAACCCGCAAAAUAUUGUUGGUGCAGGCAUUGUUGUUACCAGUAGUCAACAAGUCGGUGUACUUCUUCGAUUAGAACCUAAUACACAGUCAAAGAUGUAUCGUGUAACAAUUCGAAGUACAAGAGAUAUUGUAUCAUCUCAUUUGAAACAAGUAAACAAUUGGCGUUCAAUACCUGUAUGUCCGAAGGAUUUCAAUCUGUUUGCUACCUUAAAUAGCGGUCAGGCUUUCCGUUGGAUUUCUAAAUCGACGGAUAAUGAAUGGCAUGGUGUUAUAAAUGGCAGACUAUGGAGACUACGUCAAACUGACAACACCAAGCCUGUAGAAUACUUGGAUACCUUGGAUAAACAUACAAAUACACGUUCAGAUUUAGCAGAUAUACCAUCAGAUUUAUUCGAUUAUUUUAGACUUGGAAUAAACUUAUCAGAUCUAAUUAAAGAAUGGUGCGUACGGGAUGAAUGGUUCACCAAUCGUUUUUCAGAUAACUCCAGUACAGAUACAGCCCGUGGUUUACGCUUAAUGAGACAAGAUCCAGUAGAGACGGUAUUUGCUUUCAUUACAUCAGCUAAUAACAAUUUAAUACGUAUUACAAAAUUACUUUAUAAACUAUGCAGUUUGUACGGUGAUCCCCUGUAUCUUGAUGAUGAUGCUGGUGAUGUAGGCAAUUGGACAUUUCCAUCACUUGAAGUACUUGCACAACCGAAGAUGAUGAAUGAGCUGCAAAAUAUUGGCUUCGGUUAUCGAUCGAAAUUUAUUGUACAAGCUGCUGAUUGGUUGUUAAAGAAUGGAGGCAAAUCUCGAUUAUAUGAACUGCGUACAAUUCCUCAUUCUGAAGCUCAGGCAUUUCUUACUCAAAUACCUGGAAUUGGAAAGAAGGUUGCAGAUUGCAUAUGCCUUACAUCCUUAGAUAAACUGAAUGUUGUCCCCAUCGAUGUACAUAUGCAUCGUGCUGCAUAUGAAAGAAAAAUUCCUGAAGCAUCUCGUAAGAGUGUAACUACAAAGUCUUAUGAUGUCAUCUCUAAAUCUCUUAGUGAUAUUUGGGGAGAAUAUGCUGGAUGGGCACAAACUAUUCACUUCUAUACACGUAUGAUGGAUUCCAAACCAAAUAAAAAAAUUAAAGAUAUGAUGCACCAUGUCACUUCAACAGAUUUAUCAGAAUAA